AUGAAGAAAAGCAACGCGGACCGCAGGUCUCCAUCGUUAGAGCUGACCCAUAAUCACUACAACGUGGGAUGGGUCUGCGCACUACCGAAAGAGCAAACUGCAGCAACGGCGAUGCUUGAUAGAAUACAUCCUGACCUACCGAAGCCGUCAGGUGACCACAACACAUACACCUUGGGAUCCAUUGGGAGCCACAACAUUGUCAUAACCUGCUUACCGAAAGGCAAGUAUGGCAAUAAUUCAGCAUCGUCUGCUGCAACUCGGAUGAUUAGCACUUUCCCAUCCAUUAAAUUCGGUCUCAUGGUUGGUGUCGGCGGCGGUAUUCCAACUAAAGUUAGACUUGGAGAUGUUGUGAUUAGUGCACCUAUAGAUGAGUUUCCUGGAGUUGUCCAGUGGGAUAUGGGCAAGGCGCAAGCUGGUGGCAGUUUCAAACGGACUGGCGCGCUGAACAAUCCGCCAAACGCACUGCUAACGGCAUUAACGAAACUUGAGACCAAGCAUGAGAUGCAUGGAUCUCAGAUACGUCAAUACCUUGAUGACUUCGGAAAAACUUAUCCAAACCUGAUGUCAAAAUAUACCUGGUCUGAUUCCCUCAAGGACCCGUUAUCCACCCAAGAGAGUCCCUAUCGUCCUCUGAGAUGGCAAGCUAUAUUUUCACUGCUGUGGAAGAUUACUGGGGAUAUUUUAAGGUACCUCUUAGGAUGGUGGGCUUUUGCUGCGGCUUUGGCGGCAGAGCCAAUGAUAAGCACAGUGAAUAUUGAGUUGGAUAACUUUCAGAGGAAGCCGGGAGACGUGCGCGUGCAUUACGGUCUAAUCGCAAGUGGUAACCAGGUGAUCAAGGAUGCCAAGUUUCGUGACAGGCUGGAUCAGAGUCUCGGUGGAAACGUCUUAUGUGUCGAAAUGGAGGCGGCAGGCCUGAUGAAUGACUUCCCCUGCAUCACCAUCCGGGGAAUCUGUGAUUACGCCAACUCCCAAAAAACCAAAGAUUGGCAGGAAUAUGCCGCAGCUGUAGCUGCAGCGUGCGCGAAGGAACUUCUUGAGCAUGUACAGGCGAGUGAUGUCGACGGAGAGCGCCCCGUGAAGGACAUUCUGGGCGAUGUCAUUGAAACUGUUCAGAGAGCCGAGGUCAAUAUUGAAGCAAUGAGGUCUAGGUGGGACAGAAAGUCAGACGUUGAGGUUCUCGAUUGGCUCACAGCAAUCGACUACGGUCCUCAGCAUAGCGACGUCCUAAGAAGGUGGCAACAGGGAACUGGCCAAUGGUUCUUAAAUUCCAAAGAGUACCAGAACUGGCGAAGCUCCAGCAAGCAGACUUUGUUCUGUCCUGGCAUUCCCGGGGCAGGAAAAACAAUCCUGGUCUCAACGGUGAUUGACGAUCUCAGCACGGAGUUUCUUAACGACCAGACGAUUGGGAUUGCAUACCUGUACUGCAAAUUAAGCCGGCGAAGCGAGCAGAAAAUUGAAGACCUACUCGCAAGUCUUGUGAAGCAACUGAGCCAAGACUGGCCUUCUCUACCAGAUAGCAUUGGCAGUCUUCAUACCAAGCAUAAACGCAAAAAGACAAGACCAUCGCUCGAAGAAAUCUGGAAGACUCUCCUGUCCGUGGCGAGUAUGUACUCAAGAGUCUUCAUUAUUGUUGACGCGCUGGAUGAAUGCCAAGCAUCUAAUAAGGAUGAGUGCCUUUCAACAUUCUUGUCCAAAAUGUUCACCCUACAAAGUCAAACCAUGACAAGCUUGUUUGCCACUUCUAGACCCAUCCCAGUGAUUGAAGGGAAGUUCGAGGGAUGCAUUUCAAAACGGAUCUCAGCAUCGGAAGGGGAUAUUCGCAAGUAUCUCGAUAGUAAUAUGACUAAGCUGCCAGGGUUUGUCCUGGAAAGCCCGAGAUUGCAAGAUGAGAUCAAAACUGAAAUCAUUAGGGCAGUUGAUGGAAUGUUCUUACUUGCACGGCUUCACUUACAUUCCUUAGUCGGAAAAAAAUCGCCGAAGGCUGUUCAUGAUUCCCUGGAAAAACUUCCCAGAGGAUCUGAUGCGUAUGACCGCACAUAUGAUAAGGCCAUGAAAAGAAUUAAGAAGCAAGCAGAGGCCUGGCGAGAGUUAGCAGGGCAGGAUCUAUCAUGGAUUACUUGUGCAAGAAGGCAGCUUUCCGUCUUAGAGCUGCAGCACGCUUUAACAGUAGAAGCCAACAAAUCUGAAUUUGACAGGCAGAACAUGCCGCGAGUUGCCGACAUACUCUCUGCCUGCGCCGGAUUAGUGACGAUUGAUGAAGAGAGCGAUAUCAUCCGGUUAUACCAUUAUACGACACAAGAAUACUUCGAUCGAAGACGGAAUCGUUGGUUUCCGGAGGCAGAAGCUGAAAUAACCCAAACUUGCGUAUCUUACCUCUUACUCCGCUCGUUCGAGAGCGGACCUUGUCAAACACGGGAUGAAUUUGAUAGACGGCUAUGGCUAAACAAACUCUACCACUAUUCCGCAAGUCAUUGGGGACACCAUGCUCGCGAGGCAUCGACUCUAUGUGCAGAAGUGAUGGGCUUUCUCGAGUGCGAGGCAAAGGUAGAGGCAGCAAGUCAGGCACUGAUAGGUGGCAAUAACAUGCGAUAUUCGGGGAAAACACAAACGUCAGGCCUUCACUUGGCAGCGUACUUCGGCCUUGAAGAAUGCGUUAUCCGGCUUCUCACAAAUGGUAUGCCUUGUGAUAUGAAGGAUAGCGAUGGCCAAACUGCGUUGCACUGGGCCGCCAAAAAUGGACAGGCAGGUACAGCCGAACUGCUAUUGAAAAAGGGUCUGGAUGCCAACUGGGCGAACAAGGAAGGAAAAACAGCUUUGCAUUACGCUGCUAUCCAAGGAGACUCGCGUCUGAUCCAAGUGCUUGUGGACUAUAAGGCGGACAUGGAGCAUGCGGAUAUUCAUGGUCAGACACCUCUUCUUGCAGCAGUACGUGAGACGAAUUUCCAAUCAGUUCAACAGCUCAUAGGACUCGGUGCUUCAAUCGAGGCUGUGGACUAUAUGCAUCGCAGCGCUUUGCAUUUAUCAGCCAUUACUGGAAGGUGCAGUAUUCAUAUAACCAGUCUGCUUCUGUCCAGGGGUGCUUGUCACGAGAUAUGCGAUGUGGAAAACAUGACACCAUUCUAUUACGCCAUCCGCAACGGAUCCGAAGAAAUGGCCGAAAUGUUCAUCCGAGCAGGGGUAUGUGUCAACACGGGCAUCGCGAGAAGACGCUGGGUUCGAACGAAGGAAGCUGGCCAAUGGGGUUAUGAACCUUUGCCUGAAGACCGAAAGUCCAAGAAAGUGGGCGACGGCCUUACCCCGCUGCACUGGGCAGCACUUAUAGGCCACCCGGCAAUGGUAGAAUAUCUUCUCUCUAAAGGCGCUGACCCCAAUAAGCGCUGCCAAGACGGCGAGACACCGUUGCAUCUCGCCAUCCGAGGAGAUAUAACUCUGGAUUACGGCGAUUCCUGGAACCAAAUCUCAUGGCGAAUUGAGAUUCUCAGUGACCUAGUUGACCCUGCAAGUGAAGAAGCCGACGAAACGCGCCGCAGCAUUUCUGAAGUACGGACAGCUGUGAUUGACAAUCUUCUCUCGCACAUCAACAUUGACGUUGAUGUGCAAAAUGAUCAAAUGCAAGCAGCCUUGCAUUUAGCUAUCUGUGGCGAAAGCAACUCACUGAGGUCUUUCUCAAGGCUAAUGAGUAAAAAGCCCGAUAUCUCCAUUCGCAACAAUAAAGGACAAACACCGUUACAUCUUGCCAGUGGUGCAGGAGAGGCCAAGAUUGUUCAAGAGCUUCUUGCUGCAGGGGCAUCUGUUGAUGUCCUAGAUUCUGAAGGACUUAGUCCCCUUCAAUACGCUGUUCGCUCCGAGAAAUCCUCGGUAGUUGUUCUUGAACUCAUAUUGAAAUACCACAACUUGAUUGGAUCGAAUCCUUGUCUUCAAACAGACAGCACAGGCAAGAAUUUGUUACAUUACCACGUCCAAACUGAAGUGUGCUCCGAAGAGAUAAUUCGCAUCCUUCUAGAACAUGGCGUGGAUAUCAAUGGCAUUGACGAAGAUGGCAAUUCUCCUCUCAGUCUCUUUCUGCGAACAUCUCAUUUGAUAAAACCAGCGGCAAUUUGCCCAUUCCUGUUAACUCGCGGGGCUUGUCCUUUGUGGUCUGAUCAUGUGGGAAGAAACCUGGCUCAUAUAUCAAUGCUUUCUUCUUCUUUUAUUUCGCCUGAUCAAGUUCUCUCGACCCUGAAAGAUUUUGCGGUUGAUAUCACUACCAAAGACUUGAACAACAGGGGCAUACUUCAUUACGGAGCAAGACAUGGGUCAAUAAGACAACCAAUCAUUGAUCUUCUGCGAGAGAGCGAUUCACUGGGCCUGCAUGAUCAUGAUGAAUAUGGUAGAACGCCUAUAUCAUAUGCAAAAGAACAGGCUAUGCUGCCCCGUGACCCGGAUUCAUCCGCACAAGGCAGAUGGGCAUCUACUUUAAACAUUUUAAUGAAGGCCGACGAAGACUGGGCGGCGAGUCAAUCGAGUUGA